AAUAAGAUGGGGGAAAAAGAGAAACUGUUGUUUCACACCACUGACUUUUGCAUGUGCCACAUGCAUCACCUUCUUCGGCCUCUACAUUCACCACAUCUCCGCUUUCACUCCACCAUUUACUUUGCGCUCACUAUCACACAACCUUUCUAUGUACGUCCGCUCAAUGCAUUGUUGCCUUCUGUUUGCUGCAAAGCUCUGCUUCUUUGGUUGUAUUGCCAUGGCUACCGACAUGCGCAUAGCCCUACCACCUCCACCUUCUCCCAUGUCCUUCACAUCUGCUUUGUCUUUCUACCACCUCCGUGCAUGUCGUUUCCAUGCAUGCCACACAUCACUCUAUACUCAUUGCUCAGUUCUAGAUCUGAACCUCACCACCUUCCCGUUAGUGUGUGCGACGCUUGAUUCCAUAGCAUGUACUGCUACCACAGGCAAGGACUCUUUAGCCUACUGCUAUAUGUGCAUGCAGCACUACCAUUGUCUUGUGUUACGCCAAAUUUUAGAUCCAAACUGCUUUGCUGUAGAGCACCCACAACUGAAGCUCCAACCUCGUUCAUGCUCAUUGGCUCUUAGGUCAACAUCGUCGGAGGAAGAGGAUAGGCAAGCUCUUGGCCCUCCAUUCUUCAGACCCAAUCUCUUUAUCCAUGGAUCCCAACUGUCUCAGUUAUUGAUCUUAGCCGAUUGAUGAAGCAGCCCACAAGGCUCGAUGAGCUACUCACAAGCAAUACAGCAGAUUUAUGAGUUAUUUUAUUCGGGCACCUAUUACUGAUUCUCUUUCAAUAGCCCCUAUUUGGAUUUAUUGGUGAAUUUUUUGAAUGCCUGUUAUUAGUUAUUAUCUCAAGUCUUUGAUGACCCACAACCAGAUUUACAGGUAAUUUCUUUGGGCACACAAACGGAUUGUUUCUUCUAGAGUUGGGUCUUUACUUGAACUUGAACCGCCCGCAACUGGAUUUACGGUUAUUAUUUUGGACACCUUUUGCCGAUAAACUUUUUUUUUUUUUUCCCGCUCGCCCGAAAACCAGAUUCAUGCAUGAUUUCUUUGUACACCUGUUGCUAGUUCAAAUUGGGCUUUUACUUUGGUGGCUGAUGAUCAUUCAGUUCCAAUUUGACAUUCCAAUUCGAUGGCCACAUUAAAUUUGGUUUUUUACUGUCGGCCCACAGUUGACAAUUUUAUAUCUCGUAGGUCGUUACUUCAUCGUCGGCUUAUUUUUUUUU